AUUAACGUCACCUGCACCUGCACCACCGAGCUGAGUAACCUAAGCUGUCAAACUGUGCAUGCAUCUGAAGAACAAUAAGUUUUUAUUUAUACAAAGUUUUAUUGGGACGGCUUCAUAUUCGAUGUAGCUUAUUGAUCAAACUAUUGGUUAAUUGUUAAGGAUGUGUGAAUUGCCACCAGAAUUAGUCACAAAGCCAUUGGCUCUUAUUGGCCUAACUGGCUUAGACAUUGCAAAUCCUAUACACCGUUCAAUUUGGGAUGUAUUCAGUAAUAAUCGCAGAUUGAAUAGUUCUGCCAUACAAUUUAAAUUACUUAGCUCUACACAUGAAUUUCCCACAGUGAAACCCAAGAGAAACUCUUACGAAUGGUAUAGGCCAAAAGGGAUAUUAAAACGGAAUUGGAUGAACAAGUAUCUAAAUGAAAUUCCAUCUGUUAUUGUUGUCUUUUAUGAUUUAGAUUGGAAUGACCCACAGUGGAAUGAGAAAAAAAUGGAAUGUGCUUCCAGAGUACAAUCAAUGAGAAAUGCUUUAGAUGAAAGAACUACAAAAAUAGCUGUGGUGCUCAUACAACAAGGUACACAACCUCCACCAGGCUCCGAGGAUGCAAUCGCGACUGAACGUGCUACAGCUGUGUGUGGAGCAUGUGAAUUGUCCCCAAAGUUAUUAUACAUUUUGCCACAUGGAAAUCAUUUGCUAGGAUACAUUUCCAGACUGGAGAGUGCAUUAUUUAAUUUAGCGCAGAACUUUUAUCAUCAUGAAUACCGUAUCGUUAAAGGACAUAAAGAUCAAAUUGAUAAAUCUGUCCAAAAAGGAGCGCAUAAACAUUUGCUUGUACGUCAUCAAUUUAAAAUGGCAUUUUUAAAUGAGCUGAAACAGGAUCAGAAUUUAGCUCAAAAGCAUUAUACCACAGCGUAUAAUAACUUGUUGGAAAUACAGAUAACAGACACGAACGUGACGGAAGUUAAAGCUGUUGCUUCCUUUAUAAAUUAUAAAUUGUGUAAAAUAAUGUUCACGUUAAAUGUUCCCAAAGAAGCUAUAUCACAGUUCAGGCUUCAUACGGACAGAUUCAAACUGUGGCCCGGACAAAAGGAACUUAUGUUCGAGCAUCAUGCGUGGAUGUGCAGUCAAUUUUCUACGUUUGCAGAAUUAUUUGACGAUGCUAUUCGACAAGGACUCCCGCCAGUUCAAACGCAGCAUCCAGGAUAUUAUUUCCAAUCAGCAGCUCAUCAUGCAGGCUUGAGACAAACAGCUUGCAAAGAGCUUUGCCAGAAUAUUGAUAGUUAUCCAGAAACAGACCCAUUGGCAGGAGAAGAGAAACUUGAAUUUUAUGGGCAGAGACCGUGGCGCCCCGGAAAAUUGAGUGCGGAGCCUACAGAUCCUAUAAAAGAAGCGCUUGCUAUACAGGCCUUGCAGUACAAAGAAAAAUAUACGGUUAAUCAUUCCAAUAUAAUCAUCGGCCUGUUGGGAAAUGCAAUUUCACAAUUUAAAUUGUAUAGGUGUCCGAGAAUGAGGAGAGUAUUAGUUGUACAAAUGGCCGAGGAGUAUUACAAUGCCAAGGAUUACGGAAAAGUAUUAACAUUAUUGACGCAUAUGUUAUGGGAAUAUCAUGGUGAACGGUGGCCAGUCUUAAUCACAAAUAUAUUAAAAAAUGCUCUACGAGCGGCUUACCUGUCAACAAGUAUUCAAGACUACAUCACGCUGGCGUUCGAAGCCUUGGGGCCUUCCACUACGUUCUCAGAAGAUUAUAAAAAUGCUGUCUACACUAACAUCGUCAAUAUUCUUCAUAAAAAACCGCCGAACCCAGAACCUGACUUGCUCGAUGAAAUGAAAUAUCCAGCAAUAGAGAAAUGGGUAAUGGAACUUAACCAGUCCGAACCAAUUGUUUUCACAAUUGAUGAUAAUAAUAUGAGUUCAUUUAUAGAAGUAAAAGCAAGAUUUUUACAAUCAAAGUACGCUGUUAAUUCUACAGUUAGCGUGGAAGUAAUUAUUAGGAAUUCCUAUAGUAGUAGUGUUGAGUUUUCAAAAGUGUCAAUAACAGUUAAUAGUCCAGGAUAUAAUUCAGAAUUCACCGUCGCCGACGCGGGACAUAGCGAUCUUAUUUUUCAAGGGAGAGAAAUGAAAAAGUUCUUUUAUGAAUUUAAAGCUCCGCAACAAAAUGACAGCAGCGAAAUACGCAUUACCACAAUUUCGUUGUACAUGGGUAGUGACACAUCCUGUUGCAUCAUUUUAAGAUUCUCUGCUGUGGGAAGAGAAACAAAUUUUCUAAGUCGACUAUAUCCGGAAGUGCAACAACUUCGCAGAGGAGAAUUCGAAAUGAUACAACCACUAGUCAGUGCCGAAAUCAAACAAGAAGAAUCUAGUCUGAGAAUAAGUGCCGAUUCCAAUAACCCAGCUCUCUUAGGUGAAUGGCUUCCAAUUAAAAUAUCUAUUACUCCCAACGAAGACAUUCUUUCAGCUCUUUUGAACGUAUCACUUAUACUCGAUGGAGCAAAUGAACAAUCAACGGAAUUGAGUUUAACGAUGAGCAAUAAGCAGUCAGUUAUUUCGAUACCAUUUGAUGAUUUAAAAAGGGACUCAAGUAUUGAUCAAACUGUAUAUGUAAGAGCUCAUAAAGUUGGUGAUAGGAAUGUGCAGAUAAAAAUAGAAUACUCGAAGUCCGAACAAAUUAAGGGAUCCAAAGAAAUAACUUAUUCAUUGUCAGUCACGAAGCCGUUCGAAGUAUCAACAUUAUUUUAUACCACGCAUUUCGUGCCGUUAACCAAGGGUUUCAUCGGUGAACCAUUUAUGAUAAUGCCUCACAUUUCUUGUACUUCCCCAUGCCCUAUAAGUAUUAUAAGUACUUCCAUAGAACUGGGGGAUUCGAUAGAAAGGGAAAACGGCGAACAAUCACCAUCUAUUUUAGCUGAUGUUACGCUGUCUGAAAAUGAAACUGGUACAGAUGCAUAUUGUUUGAUACCGAAAGUAGGCGGCGAACAGCCUGUUAGUACGGGAGUGUACACAAUUAAAUGGAAACGUGCGAAUGAUGAGAAUGGAUUAGAAACUAGUAGUAGCGUCACUUUGGCUCCUUUAUGGGUCGAAGAUGCCGUGAUCGGUUUAGAAGCUAAAAUGCCAGCUCACGGCUGGGUUCGCAUGCCGCUACUUAUAUCAUAUUUCAUAAAGAAUCAUUCCGAUUUCAUGGUUACAUUGCGGCUGACCAUGGAAGCCAGUGAUGCCUUUAUGUUUGCUGGACAGAAACAGAUUGAUAUUUAUGUACUUCCAAAAGACGAGAAAAAAGUCGAAUGGAUUCUACUACCACUACUGGCAGGUUUUGUGCAACUUCCAACAUUGUCUUUAGCAGUUCCUCCUGAUGAAGAACAUAAACUGAGUAAAGCACGACUUGCGGAGGUAGUCGAACGAUCGAUACCGAGUCACAUAUACAUUUUACCAACAUCACAAAAUUUAGAGGAAGCUAGAGGGAAGAUACUCGAGGGGAAAGGAACUGCGUUCCCGUUUAACAAAAUGUAUUACGGAUUAGAUAUCGCGGAUACGCUUUCCACGUAUUCUCAAUCGUGAAAAUGUUUCAUACAUCGGAUUAUAAAUAUUAAUUUGCUAAAUAUAAUUUAUUUAAGUUAA